AUGAAGAAAUUUGGGUACAAGCAAAGCAACUCUGAUCACACUUUGUUCUUGAAUAAAGAGAAAGGAAGGAUUACCUGUUUGAUAAUCUAUGUUGACAAUAUGGUUAUCACUGGGAACAAUGAAGAAGAGAUUAGUAAUCUGAAGAAGUUGUUUAUGGAGUUCGAAAUGAAAGACCUAGGAAACCUGAAAUAUUUCCUCGGGAUUGAAGUUUUAAGGUCAAAACGAGAAAUCUCCAUCGAUCAAAAGAAGUACAUACUUGAUCUCCUAGCAGAAAAUGGGAUGCUUGAUUGUAAGCCAGCUGAAAACCCAAUUGUUGCCAACCAUAGGCUUCAGACAGUACAAGAUGGAAAAUUAGCCGAUAAAGAACAAUAUCAAAAGUUGGUGGGAAAACUCAUCUACCUAUCCCAUACUAGACCUGAUAUUUCAUAUGAUGUUGGGGUAGUUAGUAGAUUCAUGCAUCUUCCACAAGUACCACAUAUGGAAGCAAUAAUGAGGAUACUUAGAUAUUUGAAGGGCACUAGUAGCAGAGACUGGGUAGGAGAUCGGGAUAGUAGAAAGUCUACCACAGAGUACUUUACCCUAGUAGGAGGGAACCUAGUCACCUGGAGAAGUAAGAAACAGAAGGUACUAGCUCUAUCAAGUGCCGAAGCAGAGUUUAGGGGAAUAGCCAAAGGAGUACCAGAGAUUUUAUGGCUCAAGAAACUCUUGUGCGAAUUGAACUUCCCACCAAAGGAAGCUUGUAAUUAUUUUGUGAUAAUCAAGCAGCCAUCAACAUCUCAGAGAACCCAGUUCAACAUGAUCGAACAAAGCAUGUGGAGAUAG